AGAUCAGCGUGGGAUACAAGAUUUCAACUGUGUUUCCUAGUCCUUCUAUCUGUGCAUCCAUACAAGAUCUCUGAGGAUUCUUGGAAGGGGUCAUAGGAUGGAUGUGGCACCUCCCAGCUACUGUUUUGUUGCAUUUCCACCAUCUACUAAAGAUGGCCGUGUAGUAGUUGGGAAAAAUUCUGCACGUCCUCGUGAUGAAGUUCAGGAGGUAGUUUAUUUUGCUGCUGCUACUUAUGAUCCAGGAUGUAAAGUUGAGUGCACAUACAUUGAAAUAGACCAAGUACCUAAGACAAAUGCUGUUGCACUGAGCAGACCUUCCUGGCUCUGGGGGGCUGAAAUGGGAGCCAAUGAACAUGGACUCUUCAUUGCUAAUGAAGCUGUGCUAGCCAGAGAAGCAGCCCCUGAAACCGAAGCCCUCCUAGGAAUGGAUCUUGUGAGACUUGGGCUUGAAAGAGGUUCAACUGCUAAAGAAGCCUUGGAUAUCAUUGUCUCGCUGCUGGAAGAAUAUGGUCAAGGUGGAAAUUACUAUGAAGAUGGAAGUAUGUGCCAUACUUUCCUGUCUGCUUAUCUGAUAGUAGACAGAAAAGAAGCUUGGGUGUUGGAUACUGUUGGAAAAUAUUGGGCAGCAGAGAAAAUUACAGAUGGAGUAAAGUGCAUUUGCAACUGUCUUUCCUUAACUACAAAAAUUGAUGCAGAACACCCUAAGCUUAGAAGUUAUGCAGAAAGUAAAGGAUGGUGGAGCACAGAUAAGGAGUUCAAUUUUGCUGAAGUAUUUUCCCAAGAUGAUGAUUGUUCAAAUUGUUGCUUGGGAAAGGAGAUCUUAAAAAACCAAGAAGGCAACAUCACUGUGGAAACAAUGAUUGACUUAUUACGUAACAAGGCUGAGGGCAUCUCUGUGGAUUCACACUCUUUUCUUACUACAGCAAGCAUGGUGUCCGUCUUACCUCAGAAUCUGACUUCUCCAUGCAUUCAUUUUUUCACUGGCACACCGGAUCCAUCCAAGUCCAUAUUUAAACCUUUUAUCUUUGUGGAUGGUGUGAAAAUAGUACCUAAAGUUCAAUCACCCAUUUUUGGUAGUGAAGAUCCUGUGAAAAAAAUUCCUCGGUUUCAGGAGAAACCUGAUCGCAGACACGAACUGUACAAGGCGCAACAGCAGGCCCGAUUAGUCUUAGACAGUGAUGAGGAAAAAGGUCAUACAUUAAGAAGAAUAAUGUUAAACCUCGAAAAACAGGGCUUGGAAGCAAUGGAAGGCAUACUCUCUAGCUCCGAGAUUCUUGAUUCUUCAGAAAUAGAAGACCUUUUUUAUGACUGUGUAGAUACAGAAAUUAAAUUCUUCAAAUGAAUGCCCAUAGACACUGUUAGCCUUUGCACAGGAACAUAGAACUCUUCAAGCCUUGAAAGAUAAUCUCACCAUAUUGCCGAAUUUGGGAGAAAGUAUUCGUCUUUCUAGAGAAACUUUCCUCAGUAGCUAUUUCCAGUUAACAUCCUCUUUCAUUAUGUGUUGUCCUGUGCAUAUUGUUAAAAGAGAUUUUGCUGACUGAUUCAGUUAGUAGAUGCAUGCUGGCCAGUG